AUGGAGUCGCGAGAUCGUACGAUGGGUGUCCAGCGGUUGGAGAUGCCCUGCCUCUCGUCAGUUUGCUCACCCCCCCCCCCCUUUAUAUCCACGUGGAUAUCUCGUGAGGGGGCUCUGCAAUUUCUUCUCCCGUUUCUGCCGUCAAUCCAGAUGCGGGGUGGCUUCCGUCAUUCUGCAGCCACACGUGUGUUGGGAAGGCUUAUCUCGAACGCUUGUUUUUUUCUUGCUAUUGUUCAUUCGUUGGGGGUCAACCCUGAGAGCGUGGCGAGCUCCCGCACUUUGUGUCCAUGA